UUUUUUUCUCACUGGAAUAGGCGACGUCGUGCAAAGCAAAGCGAAAAUUUUCUCCAUUUUUCGUUUUUAGUUUCCGUUCACUUUUCGUAGGCGAGAUGUUGUGGAAAUCGCUGAUUGCCUUGUGCGUCAUUGGGGCAGCCUUGGCUGAGCAAACGCCCGUCUUUCUGUGGGGAGCCAACAGUGUGGCGAAGCCUUCUCUAAAGACGGUUCCCCAGGCGGAGUUCGCGGAGCAACUGGCGACGCUGCUGGAGGAUCACAUGGUCGUGGCCUUCCAGGAAAAUGGCCUGAGCAACAAGGACUUCCUGUGCUCCAACUCCCAGUCGCAGUCCUGCUACGCCCAGCUUCAGGGCGUGAGCCCCAAGACGUACUACACCAGCGUGGAGAACCCAUCGGAGGCCCUGCGGUCCGUGGCCGCAAGGCGCGAGCACAACAGCAUCGAUGCCAGUGGCAAGUUGUCCAGCCCGGCCAAGUGCUCCGCCGGCACAGCCCUGUUCGUUAGCUUCGAGGAUGCGACCGAGAGCCGCGAGCAGACCUUGGAGUCACAUGACGCCGCCAUUGCCGCUAUCAGCAAGCAGUUUGAGUGCAAGGUGGCUUAUCUGUACCUGGCCGCUCCCUCCACCGCUCCGGUGGUGCAGCGACGUACCCGCCGUGACACUGCUGCCACCACUGGCGGCACCAUGUUUUAUGUCACCAACCAGUUUCAGAUCUUCUAUACGGCCCUCCUCUACAACCAGAACCCCAUCACCGUCACCGAAAUGUCGGUCAUCAACUCCACCACCCCUAGCACCCAGUUCUCUGUUAAGCUUACAACUUCUGACGCUUCCAAGUCAAUUACCUUCGAUGUUCUUUAUAAUGGUGGAUACUUUAGCAUGAGCAACCUGCAGUACGACGGCAACACUUUCCGCUCCAGCAACGUGAAUGCGCCUACCACGUUCUCCUACUCUUGCGGCAACCUGACCCUGGACUCCAAUGCCGUUGAUAACCGGUAUAAUACGCUGAGUUUCAAGUCGCUGCAGAUGCAGGCUCCCUUCGACGGAACGUACAAGGAAAACUUUGUUUUUGGCGAUUCCUGGGACUGUGUGGGCUUCGUGACGCCCGGCAUCCUUAUGGGACUCUUUGUGGUCCUUCUCCUGCUGGUAAUUAUGUUCGUCGGCGUCUGCUGGAUGAUGGACAUCAACACGAUGGACCGCUUCGACGACCCGAAGGGCAAGACCAUUACUAUCAAUGCUGCCGCGGAGUAAAGGGCUUCCAUUUAUUAGUUGUCACCUUUGUUUCCUCACUCGAUAUUCAUUCCUUUCUUCCCUCAGUCUGUCCACACGUACAUAUAUAUGUAAACGAAAAAACACUUACUACCUUAACCGCAUAACAUAACAUAACAUACAUAUAACCGGGAAAUUAGUCCUCACAAUUUAUAUAUAGAUUCGUGUCUGUAAUUUUCGCCGGCAAUGAUCAGUUUACGUUUCAGCAUCAAUUUAACGCGUUGCUGUUUCUUGUCGCCGAAAAUUGCUUGGAGUUUUGCUUGCACCGACUUGGCAUUCAGUAUUUCAUUUAGUAUAGCCCCAAAAAAUGUAAAAUAUCAAAAUAACUACGCACAGUUACCCGUAUGUGUGUGUGUACGGACGGACCUGUGUGUGUGUGAUGUGUAUGCGCGCCCUGGGCAGUAAAUCUAAUCUUUUGAAUAUAUCUAAGUGUUUUAUAGUUUCUUGUUUUACGCAAAUAUGCGAGACUAAUUUAUGCCUCUGUAUGAUAGUUUGUCAGUUGUGCAACCCUCCUGUUCGCAGGCCCAACGAAAAUAAAGUUUUUCAAUUGUGUUACAAA